AUGACUGAAUACAAGCUCGUCGUCGUCGGUGCUGGCGGCGUGGGCAAAAGUGCAUUGACAAUUCAACUUAUUCAAAAUCAUUUCAUUGAUGAAUAUGAUCCAACAAUUGAGGAUUCAUAUCGAAAGCAAGCUGUUGUUGAUGGUGAAACUUGUCUACUUGAUAUUCUUGAUACUGCUGGACAAGAGGAAUAUAGUGCCAUGCGUGAUCAGUAUAUGCGUGGUGGUGAAGGAUUUUUAUGCGUGUUUGCAGUUAACAGUGCGAAAUCUUUCGAAGAAAUAAAACAAUAUCGUGAACAGAUAAAACGUGUUAAAGAUGCUGAUGAUAUACCAAUGGUUUUGGUAGGAAAUAAAAUUGAUUUACCAACGCGUACUAUUGAUUUAUCAUGUGCAAAAGAUUUUGCUGCAUCCUUAUCAAUGCCAUUUGUUCAAACAUCAGCUAAAACACGACAAGGUGUAGAAGAUGCAUUCUAUACUCUCGUACGAGAAAUUCGAAAAUAUAAGGAACGUACACGUAAAGAUCGAAAAGGUCGUAAAAAUAAAAAUUCUAAUAGUGGAACAAAUAAUAAUGGAAAUAAAUCUUCAUCAAAAGAUGCUCGCAGUCAAAAUGUAAAACAACGUACGGGAAAACGAGGUUGUAUACUAAUAAAUAUUUUUAAAUCAAAAAGUGAUGAUGAAGGAAAAGCACCAUAUUUUCGAUUUGAAAACAAAGAAGAACAAUAUUCGGAAUUACAAUUUAAAGAACCAGCAACUAAAAUUCCUAUUCAUGCGAUUGUCUUAGCUACUGCUUUAUUUCUACUUGGUUCUAUCAUGAUCACAUUAGGUUCAUUAAUGUUAACUGGUUACAUCAAAACAGAAUAUAGUGAUCGUACAUGGCCGUUGAUAUUAAUUGGUUCACUUGUUUUUCUACCUGGUUUCUAUCAUAUACGUAUUGCGUAUUGGGCAUGGAAAGGUGAUAAAAGUUUUUCUUUCGCUGAUAUACCAGAUCUUGAUUGGUUUUGA